UUCGGUGCGGUCGGCGGGGGACGUCCCGCGGCCGCCAUGAGCAGCAGCGCGGGCCCCGCGGCGCGGCUCUGCCGCCUGGAGCGGGGACCGGAUGGCUACGGCUUCCACCUGCACGGCGAGAAGGGCAAACCGGGCCAGUUCAUCCGGCUGGUAGAGGCUGGCUCUCCGGCCGAGCGCUCAGGGCUGCGGGCCGGCGACCGGCUGGUGGAGGUGGACGGCGAGAACGUGGAGCGGGAGAGCCACCAGCAGGUGGUGGAGCGCAUCCGCGCCGCCGCCGGGGCCGUCAGUCUCCUCGUCGUGGACCCGGUGGCCGACGAGCAGCUGCAGAAGCGGGGAGGGGCGAGUACCGAGCCCCCCGCGGUCCCAGAGCCGGCGGAACCUGCCGUGGCGCGGGAGCCCAGCGGCGGCCAGCGGGAGGAGCUGCGACCUCGGCUGUGCCACAUGAAGAAGGGGCCCAAUGGCUACGGCUUCAACCUGCACAGUGACAAGAGCCGCCCGGGGCAGUACGUGCGCGCCAUCGACCCUGAGUCACCAGCUGAGGCAGCAGGGCUGGCCCCCCAGGACCGCAUCAUCCAGGUCAAUGGGGUGUGCAUGGAGGGCAAGCAGCACGCUGAUGUGGUGGCAGCCAUCAAGGCAGGCGGUGACGAGACCACGCUGCUGGUGGUGGAUGUCCUGACAGAUGAGUUCUUCAAGAAGUGCAAAGUGGUGCCCUCAGAGGAGCACCUGACAGGUCCCUUGCCAGAACCCAUUGCCAAUGGAGAUCUUGAGAAGGAAAAUGGUGGAGAGCUGAGGUCCAACUCUGUGUCUGAGAGCCCAUCCAGCCCUGUGCCAGUGGCCGUGUCCCCUGUUUCCAGCGAGAGCCACAGCGAGCCUGAUGCACAGGAGAGUGACAAGCACCAUUCAGCAUCCAGCUCCCUCCUGGACCUUGACAUCCCCCUGGCAGUGGCCAAGGAGCGGGCACACCAGAAGCGCACCAGCAAGCGAGCACCCCAGAUGGACUGGAGCAAGAAAAACGAACUGUUCAGCAACCUGUGAAGGACCCAGGGUGGAGGGCCAGGGUCCACUGACCCCCCCUAGCCUUGCACCCACCUCUCCUGCAUCCCCAUCCUCUCCAUCACAGGCUCCUGGUGGGGAUAUGAGGCCACUCCCCACCACCCUGACCCAAGGGUGGUCAGUGAGCAUCACCACAGCUGGUGCCUGGGUGGUGGUUUUAGGCUGGAGAGAGCUGGGUGGGUGCUGGGGGACUGCCCCUCUCUGUGAAACCAUUCCUGGGGUGCUCCUGCAGCUCCACCUUGGAGCCGUGUACACCCUGAUAGGAACAAGCAGGGGUUUAGGAGGAUUUGGAGUGGUCUGGUGGCCAAAACUUCUGAUCCCUUCUGCUCCUUGGUUCUUCCUUCACCCCAAACUCCAUCUCCAUUUGAGCCCUCUUUCCCAAACUGCCCUCUAACUGCAAAAUAUGAGGCUUUUAGUGACUUUUAGCAAGCCCCACCUGCCUGGCCACUGACCACAGUGAUUCCUCCCUGGGGUGUUUGACCCCACUUGGCAAACUCCGUCCACAAUGGCCCUGUCCCCUUGCCCCUCGGGUCCCAGUGGGUGUGAGAAGCCACAUGAGUGCCUGGCACAGUGGGCAACCCCCAGCAACUCACCCCUGGGAAUACUCUGGGAGAGGAGAGGGUGUCUGGAGCCAGCAAUAAUUAUCUCC